UACUACUAUGCAGCCAUGCUGGUGGAUGUGCUGUUGCGGGUCUCCUGGGCUAUAAAUAUCCUCCUGGCUCAGAUGAAGGAUUCAGCUGCAGCUGCCACAGCAAGUGCCCUGCUGGCACUACUGGAAAUCCUCAGACGUUUUAUAUGGAAUCUCUUUCGGCUGGAAAAUGAGCAACUGAAAAAUUUUGAGAAAUGUUGUGCUGUUCGAGAUUUCUGCAACAUCUGGAGGCUUCUGGAAAAGGAUCAGGAUGUGCUAUCUAAUCACAAAAUCACAACGCGUGCCACAAUAUGCUGUUUACCUCGCCCAAAACACAGGGUAAAGGAGAUAAAACUGCCUGUUAGGGGAACAGAUCCUGAGAUUCAUCUAUGCAUUUAAGGAAGAAAAUAUGUCUGUAUAACUUGAACAAAAUUUAGUUUGAAAUAUUUGAUCAUGCAGAUAUGCAAAUGAAACGUUAGAUAAGAAAAUUAUAAUCCUGUUAACAAUAAUAGAUUCUGUAACUAUAUCUGUUCAUUUAGACCUUAUUGAGACAUUAAACGUGCAUUGUAUUUUCUGCAAUAAAGUAAAAUUAUGUUUUCAUGUUUCAUUCACGAUAAAUCAAUUUCGUUGUAAUCAAGCAAAAGUCAUUUUUAACCAACAAUAAUAGGCAUAACCUAUUUAUCCCUCAAAAUAAUCCUUUCCUUUAUUUUGUUUCCAAAAAACAAUCAUAUAAC